AAAACAAAACAAAACAGAGUAGUCUUUUCUGAGGAUCCAGCAAGAACGGCAGAGGUAAAGCAGAAGAAGUGGACCUUCUCCAAUUUCACCUACCACGGUGUGAACGUGCACCAGCUGCUGGACGUGCCCUAUGAGCAGCUGAUGCAGCUGUACAGGGUGCGCCAGCGGCAGCCUGAACCCCGGGGCCUGAGGCGGAAGCAGCACUUGCUGCUGAAGCGCCUGCGCAAGGCCACGAAGGCGGCACCGCCCAUGGAGAAGCCGGAAGUGGCGAAGGCGGAAGUGGUCCCGCGCAGGCGGAACGUGAUCAUCGCGUCCGAGACGGUGGGCAGUAUGGUGGGCGUCUACAACGGCAAGACCUUCAGCCACGUGGAGAUCAAGCCGGAGGUGAUCGGCCACUACCUGGGCAAGUUCUCCAUCACCUACAAGGCCGUGAAGCACGGGGGCCCCUAA